CGUCACAAAGGUUCGAGCCUCUUGUCACGUGAUAUCACUUAGGCACUUUGACCCCAACUCUAAAUUUUCGCGCGAGAUUUUCAAUGUUCGUGGGAAAGUACCAAUUUACUAGGGCCUGCUGGUUUACUGGUUCGAUUUGAUUAUGCCAAUCUCCAAGAAGCCCCCUCGUUAUGGCCAUAGUGAGGGACACACAGACAUCUGCUACGAUCAUUCCGGAGGAAAUAUUUUGACGUGCGGAUCUGACGGAGACAUCCGAAUAUGGAAAGGAUUUGAAGAUGAUGAUCCAGAAACGAUAAAUGUUGGAGAUCGUGCAUAUGCAAUUGCUACGAAGAAUGACAGUUUUGUAACGGCAUCAGACAACAAUACAGUACAGGCACGCACAUUUCCAGAUGGAGCGCCUAAUGGCAUUGUUGCACGCUUCACUGCACCCGUCAACCACAUCCAGUUCAACAAAAGUGGAACAAAGUUAUUAUCAGGAGCAAGUGAUUUCUCUGUCAAGUUGGUUACAAUUGAAGAUAACACUCAGUUGGUGUUUGAGGGACAUUCUGCCCCUGUACUGAGUGUGUCUUGUGACCCUAAAGAAGAAUAUAUUGCUACCUCAAGUUGUGAUGGCACUGUAAAGAUAUGGAGUAUUGAGGAUCAGAGCUGGGAGAAAUCAAUGUCUGUCCUACCCAAGUGCAGUGACUUUAGUAUUUCCAAAACUCUGUGCCGAUUAUCUUGGGAGCCAAAUGAAGGAAAGAAUCUAUGUAUACCAGUUGAGAAAGAAAUUCAGCUGAUUGAGCGUGAUACAUGGGAUUUGUCAUUCUCGUUGACCAAUGAUUCAGUAACUUCAACAGUUUCCAUAGCAACAUUUUCUCCCUGUGGUAACUUUAUUGCUGGUGCCUGUGUUGAUGGGACAAUAUUUGUAUGGGAUGUUGAAUCCAGAGAAUGUCUUGAAAGCAUCAAGAACAACAAAGGUGUGGGAAUAUGUGGUGUAGCAUGGAAUCCUAAGAAAACCACUCAGAUAGCCUACACGGACAUAUCAGGACAACUCGGAUUCCUAGAGAACGUUAUCCCAGAGGAACACCAGAAAAAGGCCCCUGCUAAGAUAGACACUAACCAGUACGCUGACUUGUUUGAUGGGGAUGACAACGAUGACGCACUAUUAAAAGCGGCAACCCAGUACGACGAGAAAGGCAUGGCAUCUGGUAACGAUGAUGCAGACGAUGAUGAUGAUGACAUCCUUAAACACCAUCGCAAAUCAAAUUUUAACGGUAUUCCAGAUGAUGAAUCUCUAGAUGGCAUAUUAGGUAACUCAACAGAAGUGGCUAGUAAAGUAGAGGAGCCAGCCAAACCUCAGGUUAUCUACGAGGCUCCUAAAGUAACGCCACUUCAGAAGCCGUUCAUAUCAGCGGCAACACCCGUUCACUUAACUUGCAGGUUCAUGAAAUGGAACAAUAUUGGUAUUAUACGCUCAUACGAUGGCGAAGAUGAGAGUUCAAUUGACGUUGAAUUCCAUGAUUCCUCCGUCCAUCAUGCUCUACACAUUGACAACCAAUUGAACUAUACAAUGGCCGACUUGUCUGCGCAAGCAGUACUACUAGCCAAUGAGAAAGAUGAUGAUGGUAACUUAAGUCAGUUGACAUGUUUACAUUUUGGAUCAUGGGAUACACAGAAAGAAUGGAAUACAUCCAUGCCAAAAGGUGAAGAAAUUAAGAGUCUGUGCUUAGGAUGGAACUGGUUGGCAGUUGGAACUGACAAACGCUUGGUUCGGAUAUUCAGCAUUGGUGGCGUACAGCAUGGAAUGUUUGCUAUUCCUGGACCUAUCGUAUCAAUGUCCGGUUAUGGAAACCAGCUGAUGGUGGUGUAUCACAUGGGCACUGGUGUGCCAGGUGAUCAGUGUCUUGGUGUUAAGCUGUUGCACCUGAGUGGGAAGAGGAGACAGAUUAUCACCGCAGAAAUGCUACCAAUAACACCAAAGUCAACGCUUACAUGGCUUGGCUUUUCAGAGGAAGGCACUCCAGUGACGGCCGACUCUGAGGGUGUUGUCCGGAUGUUGAGUAGAGAGAUAAUGUCAUGGGUUCCAAUCGUAAACACCAAAGCUACGGCAAAAAGUCGGUCAGAUCACUAUUGGAUUGUGGGAGUGAAUGAGGAGCAAGGUCAGUUGCGCUGUAUUCAGUGCAAGGGCUCUACAUUCCCGCCAACCCUACCAAGACCAUCUGCUAUAGUUCUACCAUUUCAAAUUGCAGUUUGUGAAAUUGAAACUGAAAAGAGUUUACUCGAGGAGAAGCUCUUGAAAACAAACUUAUUUUCUGAGCACCACAAAUAUGCAGAAUCUCAAGGGUAUGAGGUAAACGAAUUGGACCAAUCAGAGGGUGUCAGGGAUAAACAACAAGUGCUUAUGAAAAUGUUUGCUCUGGCCUGUAAAUCUGACCGUGAGUACAGGGCCGUAGAAAUAUGCGAAAAGAUGGUAUCGGAACAUGAAUUGAGUCUAGCCAUCAAAUACGCAUCACGGUUGAGGAGAAUCAAGCUUGCUCAGAAAUUGAGUGAGCUGGCAAAAAGAAGAAUGGAAGAGGAGAUGAUGGAAGAAGAGGAAUGGGAUGAAGAAGACACCCAAAAUCCAAAUGAUUGUAUAAAUAGAAAAAAUGACCACCAUUGGAAAAGUGACACACAAACAUCUAAUUAUGUGGAGGAUGAAGAAAUGGAAGAUAACCAGGGAGGUGUGGAAUCAGACACCGAAGAAACACAACAGAAAACAACUCCUGUGUUGAAACUAAAACCAAAGGAUAAUAUUCCAAAGUCAAUGAUGCCGUCAAGUCAAGAGAGGCGAAAUCCUUUUAAGUCAAGUGCUAAAAAGACCCAGAGCGGUAAUGCAAGAGGAACCAGUGUAUUUGAUGAUGUGUCAGGCAAUAAGCCAUCAAAGAAUGGUAAAGGAAAGAAUACCAGUGAUACCGAUUUAAUAAGUCCUCCUAAAUCAGCAAAGAAGAAAGGUCAGACAACCCUCCUAUCAAUGAAGAGCAAGAGCUCUGGUGAAAAAACAACUACUGUGACUGAAAAAGCUUCUGAUAAAAAACCUACAACUGCCUUUGGACUUUGGAUGGAAGAAAAUAAUGAACAACUGAAAGAAAAGCAUCCUAACAUAAGUGAAGCAGAUAUAACCAAGGUUGCUAUGACAACUUGGAGAGCUCUCAACUCUGAACAGAGAAAGGAAUGGACUGAAAAAUUUAAAGCACAAAGUUCACUGAAUACUGCCGAAAAGGAUAAAAACACAGAAAACCGAAAGCGAAAGUUGACGGAACCAAAUGAGACUGGAGCUAAGCGAUCGAAUGUGGAGAAAGAUAAAGCCCAAAAGACCAAUGAUGUACAAGGAGGAUCACAACCCAAGAAACCACUGUCGUCAGCAACUAAUUCAAAACUUCAGAAUUUUAUGUUCAGCAAAACUUAAUUAUUUAUUGACAAUAUAGUAGUUUGAAAAGUUUGCAGUUUUUUUACUCGUCAAUUCAACAUAUGAGCAAUUACCAAGAUAACCCAUAAAGCCACAGAGGGCUUAAUUUAAAAAAUGGGGUCCUCAUGCAAUUAAAUAUUACUGUACAAUACAA